UUGGAUUUCCUCUCCGCCGCUCAAAGCUGCUGCUGCUCCUGCGUCUCCAGGCACUUCCUGCACCGAGCCACAGUUUACAGGACAAGUGAGGGGACUAUCUGUCGUCUGAAGACGGGGGUCAAGAUGAUGAACAGAGGUCAUUGGGCGGGAACGUGAGGCUUGACUCAAGGAUUUAACAAUGACAUAAACUAAGGACCCACCUGGAACUGUCUCCUUGUUUGUCUUUUGUUUUGUUUCUUUUCCUUUUUUUUUUUGUUGUAUUUUUGGUUGUUGGAUGUCCACCUUUCCUGCCUUGUGUUUACCUGCUUGUCACGAAACUUUAAUUGGUUACACUACUGUCUAGAGGUCUGACCUUGUCCCUCCUCUUGUCUGCCUCCUUUCGAUCACUGAGAUUAAAGAUAGCGAUAAAGGUAUCAAAGGUCUUGAGCCUGCACUUAUCAUAUCUUUGUGGCAUUAAUUAUCCUUUUCGCAGACAGACACUUACCAUGCAACAUACUCUACAGAAUUCUUUGCAUGUGCUUUAAUUGAAUCGAUAUAGCCUCCUUGUCUAAACAGGGUGUGUUUGUUUGUCUUAAUCAUACUCAAGUGAUCAUUUUUUCAAUGCAACUAAGUCUCAGUUUUUUCCUUUGUGUAAUUAUUUAAAGAUUUAUCGUCGAUGUCGUGUAGCUGCUCAGCUGCAAUGCUAUUAUCUUAGCAGCAUAUAGGCUGCUGGAAGAUGUAAUUUAAACAUUGUUUUAACGUAUGCAAUCUUUGUGAAGAAGAUCACUUGUUGAAAAUGACUGAUUUAAUUGUUGAAAAUAUUCUUUAGUAUGUUGAAAUCUUGCUGGCAGUUAACUGUAGAAGAUCAAACUGUCAUGGGAUCUUUCUAACUGUGACACAAAGACUGUUUGAUAGCAGAUCCCAUCUCCACUGGAUAAAUACUCUAAAGAGAAGAACCUUUAAACUGGAAGGAGUUAGAUGCGGACAACAGACAGGAGCCAGCUGACUUUUGAUGACUUCUUGAAUUAAAACACUGAAGAAGGAGAAUGAUUUUGAGGAGAUUUCAGGGAUAAUGUUCUCGGACUGACAUUCAGAUAUGUUUUGAUUUUCCCUCCAAACUCAACUCUUCAAGUCUCUAACUGUAGACAACACUUCAGUAAAUUCUACACUAAAGUUUGAUAUACUGACAGUUCUCGAUAAUCCGAGGAUGCGGUCUCCACAACCUUCUUCACCCUCCACAGCAGAAGCCCUCCUUCAUGGCCAGUUUGCCAGCUGGGGAUCCGGCAGCAACAGUAACAAUAACAGCUGCCCCAACAGUCCUGGUGGUCCAGGGGGACUCUCCCCGGCCGCCUCCCCAACUCUGACACCGGCUUCCAACUAUGCCUUGACCCUGACCCACACCCACAUACACAUCCAGCGCCUGUCACCACGACCGGGGAAGGAAGCCCGUCUCCUGCUGCCUUUAUCAGAGCUAGUGGGAUGCAGCUGCCCCCGUGCCCCUGCGCCCCCUCUCCUGGUGCUGUACUGGUACCCGCCAGGCAAACGACGGAAAGGGGUGUCCAGGCGCAGGCAGGUAAGGGCGUACCUUGCAGAAAGCAGACCUGAAGCUGAGAGGUGGUCAGCUGCUGUGCAAUGCCUACUCAGAGAUGUGACCGUCACUGCUGACACAGAAUUUUCAAGAAGUCUUCUACCUCGUCCCAGGCGAUUACUGUUAUUGGUCAAUCCUUUCAGUGGGAGAGGCCAGGCCAUGCAGUGGUGUCAGACCCACAUCCUGCCAAUGAUCAGAGAGGCCAACAUUAGUUAUAACCUCAUACAGACAGAACGUCAGAAUCAUGCCAGAGAGCUGAUCAGAGAGAUCCCGCUCCAAGAGUGGGAUGGCAUCAUCAUUGUCUCUGGAGAUGGCCUUCUGCAUGAGGUUAUUAAUGGGCUAAUGGAGCGUGCUGACUGGGAACAAGCAAUAAAAACACCUGUAGGCAUUUUGCCCUGCGGGUCUGGAAAUGCACUGGCUGGCUCAAUCAACCACAACGCAGGGUAUGACAUGUGCCUUCGGGAGCCCCUCCUUUUGAACUGCUGCUUCUUACUCUGCCGAGGCGGUGUCCAGCCCAUGGAUAUAGUCUCCGUGACGACCAGCCCUGCUUCCUCCAACAACAGUCGUGCUGCGGCACCCAAGAGACUGUUUUCUUUCCUUUCUGUUGCCUGGGGCUUUGUGUCCGAUGUGGACAUAGAGAGUGAGAGGUAUCGUGGCCUGGGCUCAGCGCGCUUCACCCUGGGCACCCUGGUGCGCAUUGCUUCUCUUCGAUCCUACAAGGGUCGUUUGUCCUACCUGCCGCCCUCCAUUUGCCCCACGUCACCCGAUACCACACCCCCUCCGCCAAGGAGACCCCUCUCCCGCAGUAUCACUGAAGGUCUGGAGGGCUUCUGCCGAACCCCCAUCCAUCGCACCUGCUCUGACAUGGGCAUCAGUGAACAGAGGAGCCUGCGUAAGGGUGAAGGAGAACAAGAAAAAGAGGAGAGGCAGAGAGAAAGGGAGAGGAGAAGGGAGAGGGCCAGGGGGGGUGGGUCUGGCGUGGUGAGGGCGAGCAGCCUGGCGGAGGACAGAGAGAGGGAACGGGAGGGGGAGAUGGAAGCAGAAGAGGAGAGGUCAGGGACGUGCUCGGAGAGGUCGGGGACAAGUUCUGAAUCAAACGAAAGGGAUGACUGCAGUAUGGGAAAGGAAAGAUUGGAGGGGAUCAAGGAUGAAAGGGAAGAUGAGUUAGGGGUGGAGCAGGACUCCAGUGAGAUUGAGGAGGAGGAUAGGGAGAAGGAUGGGGAUGGAAGUGGGGGUUCUGUAGAGGAGAGGAGAGAGCGUGGAGAAGGCUGUGGGGUGGACAUGGGGCGGGAGGUGAAUGAAGAGCCAGAGAAUUGUCUCGCUUACCAAGAUAACCUCCAGGAAGCCAGAAAGGCUCUCAGAAAGAAUUCAGCCCCUUCAAGCCAGAUAGCCAACGACCUCUUUAGCCAGCCUCUCAGUCAGGAGGUUAACGCAGACUCCAGGACCUCAUACGGGGUAGAGGACUUGGAUCUGAAUGGGACCUACUACCAGAAAGAAGACUACCCACUGGACGUUGCUCGAGAACGAGCUCUAACCAUUUCAUCUCCCUUUCGUCACUCUCCCUUCUCUUACAAGCCCAAGACCCUGGACCAAAACCAGAACGCCUCCCGGCCGCGGCCCCUCUCCCUCCUCCAACACUCCCACUCAAACUCUCUCCCCCCUAAGCUCCCCUCUCUCUCCCUCUCUCUUUCCCCCACACCCCCCUCUUCCCCUUCAUGUGCCUCCCCACACUCCUCAUCCUACCUCGUCCCCCGUCCUAACACCCCAAACUCCGCCUCGCCCUCACCCUCUGUACGUACGCCGUCCUCGUCUUUUAACUUUGACAUUGCCGAGCCAGCAGGACCCCAAAAGAACCGUCCUUUUGUCUCACUGCCUUUAAAUAUACCUAGAGAUGACUUGCUACCCCCGCUAGACCAACCCCUUCCUACCAGAGACUGGGUCACCAUCGAAGGGGACUUUGUCCUGGUCUUGGCUCUGUAUCAGACCCACCUCGGGGCAGAUCUUCAUGCUGCACCUCAGGCCAGGUUUGACGACGGGCUGAUCCACCUGACCUUUGUGCGGGCAGGAAUCUCCAGAGCCACUCUACUGAGACUGUUUUUUGCCAUGGAAAGAGGGACCCACCACUCCGUCAACUCGCCGUACGUGAGCCAUGUGAGCUGCAGGGCCUUCAGACUACAGCCUCUCUCCACACGGGGGACACUCACUGUUGAUGGAGAGCUGGUGCCCUAUGGGCCCCUUCAAGCACAGGUUCAUCCCUCCAUGGCUCGUCUCAUCGUCGGUGACUGUGGAGUGAAGAUUACCAGAUUCUAAUCAGCGGCCAUUUGAGCUGAUUGACAGAUACAACACUCUGCUGAAUUAUGUAAUCUGUGCUGCCAUCUUUACUCUGAACGAGAAGGGCGGUGUGUCUGAGAGACUUAGAAAAUAGCCUGGAUUGCAGGAACUGCUUUUCUGGGGUUUAAUGAAAGGGAUAACCCACCGAGCCACGCAUCAUUGGAGCAUGACUGCAAGGAUUAAUAGCGAAUUUGAAAAUGGAUGAAAAAUGCGCCUCAUUGCACAGCUGUUGGAUUAUAUUCAGCAUACCCUGAGAAGCAUGAAAACUGCACAGCCUGGGAUAAUAAGAGGGAAGAACAAUCUAAUGUGUAUGGGUUAAUUUGUGCAGAUAGUGCAUGUAUUGGAUGUAUACAUAGUAGUAUGCAUGCAGAUAAGCACUACCUGAUUGUUGCCUUUCAAUGACAUGGAAAGAAAUCAUCAAAUUGUUCUUAAACAAGGAGAAAUAUAAAAACUACAUUCAAAUUGAGUUGGGCAAACACCCAAUAAACUUGUCCCCAACCCUCAAUCCUCAGCCCCACUCCAAUGUUCAACAUGUUUGAAUAUGAAACCUUCCGUCCCUGAUAGUAAUGCCUUAUCUGACACUGGACACUACAGUUGUAUCUUUGUCCUUACCUAUUUAUGUAAGAAACAAACAUUUUCUCAAUUGUGAUCCACUUUAUCAGAGUUUCCGUCCAUAACGUAAAAGCAAAGGUGUGCUUACACACUUACAGUAGACCUGUUUGUAGACCCACCUACCUACUGUUAUCUUUGUGCAGCUCUUCACCACUUUUAAGCACCAGUGGAGAAAAACGUGGAUACAUAUUCACUUUGAUGUCUUCAGUUAAUGCAAGUGACUCAAUGCAAAGCAGCUCGAUCAAGCUUUUCAGGGUCAUAUCAUUUGUAGGAGCGAUUGAACAGUUGACAGAGACCAUAACUGACAUUUUUACAUAACCUGCCUGUUUUCCUUAGCCAGUGGGGGCAUGAUGAUGAACAUAUUGAACAUAAAAAAAUGUGUGAACAAAGCAAGCUUCUCUUACAGUUUCAAAGCUGUUUAUUUCAAGGAUUGCAUCAGAAUCCCACACGUUUGCCCUUAGCAACUUAUCACUUUCUCUGAGUAAUCAUCUUUGGAAGCUUAUGAUAUAUCAAGCCUCUGCUUAGUAACAAGUAGUGCAUUUGUUUUGCACAAUAACUGGAGCACAGAAAAUCACAAAGAUUAGAAUACAUAUUAACCUUUAGACACAUCUAACACAUAAUCAGAUGUUCUAGAAAUUGCAUAUUUCAAAUGCAUAACAAAUAUAUCAAAUCACAUUCCUCGGCUGAAAUGAAUUAAAUGUUUCAAUUAGAACACUCAUAGCUUUGGUAAGGCAGGACUGACUGAUUACACGAUCAUUUAGAUGCUUCCUGCUGCAGAGACAAAACAAGGACACCAGCAGCUCUGUUUUUUCAUGUCACACUUUAUGGUUCAUAGAUAAAUCAGAUGGAUGGAAAACAAUGUUCGCAGUUAGAAAUCAUCCUGCAGCAGAGCAUUCUGAGUGACUGAUAGUUUGGGUUUAAAAUGUCAUUUAUCUAGAGAGCAUCACUACGUCCAAAUGAUGACUUGCUCCUUUGUGAAAUCAAACCUCACACCUUUGAGCUCUACUAUGAACUGUGUCUUAUAAAUAAAUUGUUGAAAUGCUAUAGUAGAAACCUGCUGAUAUAUUUGGUCUGGAGGUAGGGUGAAUCAUUAGCAUUUGCAGCGUUUCAAUCAGUAAGAUUAUGUACUGACUGCUUGGGUCAUCAACAUACUGUAUGUGUCUUGGAUAUGUCCAGACAAAUGAAUGCCUUUGUAUUAUGAGCCUGUAAAUUCUGGCUGUUGAUCAUGAACUGUUCAAACUUGACCGCAGAAAAUGGAGUAAAAGUCUUUGCUCACCAGGCUGUUAUUUUUCUUCCAUAGUUCAUUAUUUGAGCGCACAAUGCAGCUAGUCUACCACAACUACACUAUGCUUACACUGCUACAGACAGGUUUGUGCAACAUUUUGAGUCUAGACUUGUAACAUUACCAAACGGAAGAAUCUAUAGACACGUAAGAUGGAGUUUUUUGCCAAAAUGUUUACUCUGUGUUGAAGAGACUUAGUUAUGCCAGUUUACGUUCCUAAACAUUUUGUCGUCUAUGACCAUAGCUAGGAAAAGGUGGUGUUACAGACCAAUCUGAUUCGACAAUGUUUGGGUUCAACCCUCAGAAUAAUGCCAUUAAGAUUUAUUUAGGUGACCGCCUCUAAUGAAAUUGUAAUUAUUACUAAAAGGAUGAACAUAUAUGCAUAUGAAAUGUACAGUUAAUAGUUAUAUAUGGUUUUGAAUAAAUGUACCUUGAUAA